AUGGCCGAUCCGCACCUCCAGCUCCCUCCCACAGGCUCCGGUUCGGGCGCGUCAUCGCGCUCGCCCCCGACGGACUACGGUGCCUUCGUAUUACAGAUGCUGCCGCGCAUGUCGCAGCCCUCAGGGUCCGUGAACCAAUCCGUGCUCCGCCAAUGUCUGGGGCUGUCUUCCUCGUAUCUGGUCACGGACACAACCAUGGACCCAGACCGCGGUCUCGCGAGCUGGCAUACAGGGUUCAAUCGACUCAUUGACGUGGUCGUUGCGCUGCACACGCGCGGCGAACUCGAGCUAGCCACUAUCAACGAUGCGAGUAGGGCGUGUUCAGAGUGCUGGACCGUUGCUGGUUCAUGGCGCGACAUGGAGGGCGGCCGAGACAGCGUCAAGGGCGUGGCGGCACGUCUGAAGACUCUGCUGGACCAGAAUGGCAAAACGUACCGUGGGGGGCGGAUCUACGUGCCAUAACGACCUGAGGGUAGUCGUAUUUAUACUGCAUAUAUCUGACUCCGACGAAGACAAGAGCAAUGGCUAGGGGGCCGCGCGAUGAUCACCCUCCUCAUGUCAGCAUUCAACUCCGCCCCACGAUCGACCUCCCUGUUUCCCUUAUCCGUAGACUUCUUGGCCUGAUAUUAUCCCGUCACGUCUCCUGCUAGGUUGUUUAAGCAGCUCUUGCAGACAUUCAUACUUACCCAUCAGUGGCUCACAACUCGUAGCUACGCCCCGAUUACGUACCCAUCUCUGUUCGUAUUAAUGAUGGUUAUUUCGGAAUGACUGUAGUACGGUUGCGCAUCUCUAUCACAUCUGACAGUAGUCUAGUGUUUCGUGUUACGGCUUUAAAUGCUGCAUAUGAAUUCCUACUCUAUUCGUAA